GUGGUCUGGGAUGCAGGCGUGGUCGAGCGGGACGUGGAAUUCGAGGCGGAAUAGGAGGCAGAGGUUCCGGACAGAUUGGAGGUUGAGCCGGCAGCGUUCAGGUGGAAGUUGUAUGCAGAGGCGGGAAGGGAUGUGGUAGCCGAUGCAGAGGCGGGCUGCCGUGCAUGUGGUGGUGCCUGGGAGUAUACAUGAGGUGAGGACAUCUCUGCAGCCGUCUUGGGGGGAUCGGCCGAGGGGGGGACCGGUGUCUCCCUCUUCUCCCGGCUUGUGGGAGAGAGGAAACGGUCCCGAUUCCCUCUGCGUCACAAAUUCUCGGUGGUUUAUCUGUCUUGUCUGCUGCGUCGCGGCUGUUUGGGCGCCCUGGGUAGGGAAAGGGGGAGGGCGUUGUCGUGCUCGCUGGGUUGUGCCGUCUGUGACUGUUUCCGUGCCUGCGUAUUUCUGAGAAGGACCCUGGACCGAGUUUGGCAAGUCUAUGGCGCUUCACCUAUCACGUCUUCUCCUCUCUUUGGGGGUUUUCUUUGUGUCUGGGCCUUUAUCUCUUCAGCCGAACGAUCAGACGGUCGAUCCAAUGCGAGUGGGCGGGCUGCAGCUUGCCGACCAGAAUGCGCCCCCCCAGACAGGUUUACAGUAGCUGGGACAGGGAGGGCUUGAGGUUGCGCUUGGGAGGGGUGAGGG